CGCACGCUGGAACGGUAGCGAUUGAUUAGUGCCUUAAUUAUCGAGCGCAAUUUAUUAUCACACAACCGAUUACAUUGCAUCGUACUACCGCAAAAUAGACUUGGGCCUAACCUAACCUAAUCUCGUUUUCGCGUUUGGAGACAGCGAGGUUGAAUAGAGGCGGAUAUCGACUUGGUUUGAUCUCAUUCUCGAGCAGAGCGUAGGAUACCAUUUAAGAAGAAUGGCAGGCAUCAAUCGCGCCUCAGCUUCAACAGGCGGGCGUCACUUAUUGCUACGCUUACACGGACCUGCAAGUCUGUUUUCGUCUAAAAGCACGAAUGAGGUCGGCGAGAGUCCGAGAUUACGUGAAUUCAGGAAAAAAUUGCGCGAACGCACUCCCAUAGAGAAAUUGGACGAGUUGGAGGAGGGCAGGCAUCCUUAUCAGGAGAAGGAACCCCUGGAACCGUUUCCGAACAACACGAAUCCGGAUACAGGCGAGGUUGGUGGUCCCCGCGGACCGGAGCCGACUCGUUACGGCGACUGGGAGAGGAAGGGCCGCGUGUCGGACUUCUGAAUCCUCCCCGAUGUCAAAGAUGAUCCGUUUGACAACUAAAGUUUAAAAGUUAUCCGAGAUACAAAGUAGCAAAAAUUAUUUAAUACAAGUAAGCAAUUCACCUAACAUCUUUGAAAUUUAAAAUAUAUAUUGCUUUGUCAACUAACAAGCACUUUCGUGCUCGUUAAGAUUGGCCUCGUUUGUUUACUUGUUUUAAUAUAACACGAACGGAAUUAUUAUUUGUUAAAAAUUACUUUAUCAAUUGAGCUGUGUUACCAAAAUGAUCGGAUCUUGCAGGUUUCAAUAAAAUUUAGCAUGUUCAAUAUCUAAGUUAAAUGAUGGCUCAAAACAGUGUAGUUGAAUUAAUCGUGUAAAAGUAUGAGUGUGAUAACAGCAGAUACCUCAUCUUUAGAUUCGUAAGAAUUAAAAUAAAUGCGGAACAGAAUUGUGUUAAAAAAUGUUCUAUUAGUAAAUAGGUAACACAAUUUCGCGCGAAGCAGAGCGAACUGUAUAUAGUCACGUAUUGGCGACAGUGUUUUGUUAACAAAAUUAGCAAUUACCACGUCAAUGCUUUCAUUAGUCGACCGCGUGUAAUUUCUUGUGAUAUUCGCACAAUGAUUCGCGUAAAUCACAUUCUGACGAAUCUACAACUAAGAAGUGGCAGGCAAUUUGUUACAAGUAUGUGUCGACAUUUCAGAAUAUUCUAAGUUUGCGAAUUUGAAUUCUUUUUUUUCCGUUAAUACAAUCAUUGCUUCUUGCUUCGACUUAUGUAAUCUUCGUUCCGUUGAAUAUAAAAAUUGUAUGAGUGAUACGUUCAGGUGCUUUUUUCCUGAAAACGAAAGAGAUUUCACACGAAUCCUCGCAGAACGACCGAGAAUCGCCGCGAAUGAAACGGUUCCAUGAAAAACUUAAAU